AUGGGUCAAGCAUUGUGCGAACAUGAAUUGUUCGUGGAAGGCCUUAGCAAGGCAUUAAAGACAAGAGGGCGGCAUGCAGAUCGUCAGAUUGAGGAGAUGGUCGCACAAGAUGAGGCUGCCCUGCGCAACUCCACUAAUCCUACCCCAAAACUGUCCUCAGAAAAAUCUGAAGCCUCUGACCUCUCAGUCGCAGAGGCUGAUGACCUGUUAGAGAUCCUCCAAGAUGGCAAUCUGCCACCACUUCCUCCUGUUGACAUGAUGGACAGGUUCCAAGAUGGCGGCCCACCACCCUCCAUGCCUCCGCAGCCAAUUGGGGAUUCAUAUAGGUCUUUAUACCCCGGUCUCUCUGAUUUUCAAGAGGUCGACUGGGAACAACUAGCACAACAAGCCUCUACAUGCCAUCCUGACCCUGUUGCAGCACUGGCCGCCAUUAAGAACCUGGGUUCAGAGAAAGCCGGGUGCCAGGCCCAGUCUGGCUAUCGAAGGGCAGCCAAUGUGGGAAGCACCUGGGGCCCCACCACAGGCGUGUCAAUCUUCUCCAACUUCCACCUGAAAUCAAUAACUGCCCUGCCAGAGAGCAAACUAGACAUGGCUUAUGAUGCAUUUGAUGAUCAGUAUGAGGGUUGUAUCCAAGAAAUGGAGAAAAAAGCUCCUCAACUCUUAAAAGAAGAGCUGAACAUAAACAAGAACUUAAAGUCUGAGUGGACAAAAGCAGAGAAAUAUUGGGAGAAAAUAAAGAAUAAAGUAACUUAUCCAAAAAAUUUCAAUGAUUUCCAUGGAAUAGCGCUAGUGACCUACACAGGCGAUAUUGCAACAGAUUUUAACAAAGCUGUGAGAGAAUUCCGUCAAAAUUAAGAUAACUUUUGGUACAAGGCCUUCCACUAUUACCUGACAAGAGCACUUCAGCUUCUCAAGGAUCAGAAUUAUUACAAAGUUUAUAGAGGCACCCGUACCAAAUUUUAUUACAGUGGAAAGGGUAGUGUAUGCUUUGGACAAUUUGCAUCAUCAUCUUUGAAUUCAACAGUAGUUGGAGAGUUUUUCAAAGAUGUUGGAACACUGUUCGAAAUCAAUACCUGUUUGGGUGUUCUGAUACAAAAUUUCUCUUUUUAUAAGACGGAACAGGAAGUGUUAAUUCCAGGAUACGAGGUAUAUAAUUUUGCCUCAAUAAAAAUUACUAAUAAAGGCUACACAGUUACCCUUCAAGACCCUCGAAGACAAAAGAGUAACUACAAUUGCUUCUAUCUUUCCAACAGAUCAGGCAUGAUAAAAGGCCCUGAAUUCCUGGUGUUGCUGCUGCCUACCCUCCUCAUCCUGCUGCUUCUGCAUGCUGAGUUGUAA